CUCAUCAUCAGCAACAGCAAGAACAACAACAACAACAGUUCUUUGUUCCAGAUUCGCAGCCUCAAAAGAAGAGGAGAAACCAACCAGGGAAUCCAGACCCAGAAUCAGAAGUGAUAGCUUUAUCACCAAAAACACUAAUGGCAACAAACAGAUUCGUAUGUGAGAUCUGCAACAAAGGUUUCCAAAGAGACCAGAAUCUACAGCUUCAUAGAAGAGGUCACAAUCUGCCAUGGAAGCUGAAACAAAGAUCCAACAAAGAAGUGAUAAGGAAGAAAGUGUAUGUAUGUCCAGAAGCAAGUUGUGUCCACCAUGAUCCAUCUAGAGCUCUCGGUGACUUAACCGGAAUCAAGAAGCAUUUCUGUAGAAAACAUGGAGAGAAGAAGUGGAAAUGUGAUAAGUGUUCAAAGAAAUAUGCUGUUCAAUCAGAUUGCAAGGCUCAUUCUAAGACUUGUGGCACCAAAGAAUACAGAUGUGACUGUGGCACUCUCUUUUCUAGGAGGGAUAGUUUCAUAACUCAUAGAGCAUUUUGUGAAGCAUUGGCUGAAGAGACUGCAAGAGAAGUAGUUAUACCACAAAACCAGAAUAAUCAACCAAACCCUCUUUUGAUUCAUCAAUCUUCUUCUCAUCAUCAUCCUCAUCAUCAUCAAACACAACCAAACAUAAACGUCUCUUCUUCUUCAUCCUCCUCCCAUAACCACAACAUCAUCAAUAGCCUUCACUUCGAAACCAACAAUGGUACUAAUAAUAGUACCAGCAGCAACAACCAUCUCCAUACAUUUCCCAUGAAGAAAGAGCAACAAAGCAAUGACCAUAUCAUGAAUUACCACCAUAGUAUCCCUCCUUGGCUUUCUCCUCAGCCACACGAUCUCACAUCUUCAAACCCUAACCCUAGUAAUGGUGGAGUAGGAGGAAGUUUGUUCUCUCUUGCUUCUCCGGCCAUGUCAGCCACCGCAUUGCUCCAGAAAGCAGCCCAAAUGGGUUCUACAAAGACACCUCCUUUACCACCAACCACGGACUACGAGAGGUCAACACGUAAUAACAACCUCACAACGACAAUGGCGGCGAUGAUGACGUCACCAUCUGGAUUCAUUAGCUCCAACAACAACAAUCAAGUUUUGUUUCAAGACUACAACGCAUCCGGGUUUGAUCAUCACGGCGGAGAAGAAGCAUUCGACGAUACAUUCGGGGGGUUCUUGAGAACAAGCGAAGCUACAACCGCCGCAGGAUCAGAGAAGAGUAAAAGCGGUGGAGGAGAAGGUUUGACGAGAGAUUUCUUGGGGCUAAGACCGUUAAUGUCUCAUAACGAGAUUCUAAGUUUUGCUGGUCUUGGAAAUUGCAUCAAUAGCUCUGCUUCUAAUCAGCUUCAUCCUAAGCCUUGGCAGGGUUAGUUAGUUUUUUGCUCAUAAUAUUUAUAA